UUCCCCCAUAUCCACUCGUCGCGCAAACGAAGAGAGCGUCUCUCCCGGUCUCCCCCCUCCCCCACCAGCACCAACGAAACACUCGGGCCGGAGCAGCAACUUCUCGAAGUCAGCAACGAAACAAUUCCCGCUCCAAUUCUGGGGGCAUGGGCUCCAACGGCCACCCGCUGGCGGCGAGCGUCGCCGCGCAGAACGGGUCCCACUCUGGCGGCGGCGGCGGCGGAGGGGGAGGAGGGGGAGGUGGAGGGGGCGCGAACCCUAGCAACGGCGGCACGGCGGCGGCGCUCCGGCACGACCCUGGCCUGGCUUGGGAGUGGUCGCCGGAGGAGCAGGCCACCCUCGACGAGCUGCUCGCCAAGUAUGCAUCUGAUGCGCCUGUCAUCCGUUAUGCAAAGAUAGCCAUGAAAUUGCCAGAGAAAACAGUUCGGGAUGUAGCCUUGCGCUGCAGAUGGAUGAAUAAAAAAGAGAGUGGCAAAAGAAGGAAAGAGGACCACAACUCGUCUAAGAAAAGCAAGGACAAAAAGGAGAAGGUUUCAGAUUCUUCAUCCAAAACACCUGUACACAUGGCCGGUAGGCCUAACGUUCCUCCAUACCCUCUUCCAGUUCUUCCCAUGGACGAUGACGAAAUCUCAGCCAAAGCUAUUGGAGGCCCAACAGGAGAAAUCUUUGAGACUAAUGCGCAGGUUUUGAGUCAAAUCUCGACAAAUCUUAGCAAUAUGCAGGUAUCCUUUUCUUUCAAGAUACAAGACAACAUCACACUGUUGUGCCAAACGCGGGAUAACAUACUCAGGGUCUUGAAAGAGAUAAAUGAUGCUCCAGAGAUCAUGAAGCAGAUGCCGCCGCUACCCGUGAAGAUAAACGAGGACCUCGUCAACUCAAUCCUCCCCAGGCCGACUGUACCUAUGCAGUAGCAAUAGCGAAACAAAUGUAUCAUCUGUAGUCCCAGGAGUUGUUUAGAUAGCAAUAGCUGAAAUAAAAAUACCAGCCCUGGUGCUUGUUCGUCCCCUCUGUAGCUCCAUCCUCUCACCUCCUGCUUCCUUCUGUCUGUUCAGUCUGGAUGCUGAUCUCCCAACAGUCCUGAAGUCAGGCGGUUGGAACGUGUACCAAGGGCUGCUUCUAUACAGCAGUAUCAGGUUCCGACUCUGGCAUGUUUUGUAAUCUAUAGCUGUUUCGUAAUGUCAUGGAACCAGAGUAGCCUUUAGCUUGA